AUGCUCCAUCAUAUCUAUUCUAUCGCGUCUAGCAUUCUGUGGCUAACGCUUGUCUGCCCAGCGUAUUCAGCAAAAGGGUUUGUUGGAUAUGGGAUAUCCAUGUACAAACCUCCUUGUGCACAUGCCUGCCGCGCAUCAAUCACAAACCCUUUGAACUGCUCCACGAGCUCAGAUAACGACAUGGUUAUUACAUGGAAGAUCGAGAGGUCCCCAGGGCCAGAAUGCUAUGCGACGAACGAUGCUUUCUUGCAGACCCUCGCGUACUGCAUAUACUCCCAUUGUGAGAUGGUGCCUAACUCUACCCUGCAGAGAUACUGGGAGAUGAAUGUUGCUGGUAGUGAAAAAGACCAGCCACUGCCCAAAGAGGCUUAUCAACAGGCCCUACAAAGUAUCGGUUUCAAGCCUACUAUCACGCCGAAUGUAUCCACGGUAUUGGGGUCAGCCUCACUCGUGUCAGAAGAGCUUUACAAUCUCAAUUGGCGCACUCUGGCGGUCUUCGAGAAAGUAGAAGCAACACAUGAGAGAUACGGAUUGGUUCUUCUUUUAACUGGCGCAAUUAUCCCAAUUGGGCUCUCAUUUGCUCGCUUCAUUCCCGUUCCCACCAAAUUGAAGACGACUCUUGAUGCAUACGUGGUUGCCCCUCCACUCAUUGGAUACCGACACAAAGUCCCCCUAUUCAACACGUUCAACAUGCCCACGAGAGGGCAAGCGCUGUUCAUCGCCUAUCUCAUAAUCAUCAACGUGGUUCUAUGCGCGGUAGGCAUCAACUCAGCUGACCCCAGUGCGUGGUACACUUCCAACCGUGUCGAGAUCCUCACAUAUGUUGGUAACCGCGCUGGGAUUCUGAGCUUUGCAAACAUCCCACUGCUGGUUCUCUAUUCUAGUCGUAACAAUAUCUUACUCUGGCUAACUAACUGGUCCCACUCAACCUUCUUGCUACUCCACCGCUGGAUUGCCCUGAUUUGCGUUAUCGAAGCAUGCCUCCACUCCGCCAUAUACUUGCAAAUCUACAGCGCACAAGGUGAACACUCCAGCGAAAGCAAGCUCGCGUACUGGUACUGGGGUAUUAUCGCAACGCUAGCGAUGGUCAUCAUCGUUCCAGGGUCAAUGCUGCAAGUGCGCCAACGAUUCUAUGAGUUCUUUCUUGCCUGGCACGUGAUAUUCUUCCUGUUAGCGAUGGUCGGAUGUUGUUUACACAUAUACUAUCGAUACAACUUUCAAUGGGGGUAUGAGAACUGGAUAUACGUCGCAUUGGCAGUCUGGGGAUUCGAGCGGGGGAUGCGCAUUCUGCGGUUUGCUAGACAUGGGAUCUGCACUGCUCACGUUGCCAUUGUGGAUGAUGAAUACAUUAAGUUAGAGAUCCCAGGAGUCGCAGCCAAGGGUGAUGUGUAUCUGUAUUUCCCGACCUUGACGUGGCGAGUCUGGGAGAAUCACCCUUUCUCGGUACUGACGGAUAUCUGUUGUGCGUCGCUUGGUGCAGAUCGAUUCGAUCGACUAAACGCUGCGAUCUUCCAGAAUAGUCGUAUGGAUAUUUCUCGCAUUCUCCGGGAGGAAGUCUCUAGGUGUGCGGGAACAGAGGUCGCCGUGAUUGUCAGUGGUCCAUCCAAAAUGGCGGACGAGAAAUUCAUGUUUGAUUGUACCGAUCUGAUGUUAGUCUUAGACAUUUAG